AUGCUUAUCCCUGUACGUUGCUUUUCUUGCGGAAAAGUUGUUGGUGACAAGUGGGAAGAAUACUUAGAGUAUUUGCAAGAUGACUCCAUGACAGAGGGUGAUGCAUUAGAUAAAUUGAAGUUGAAGAGAUAUUGUUGUAGAAGAAUGGUACUAACUCACGUCGACUUGAUAGAAAAGUUUUUACGCUAUAAUCCGUUAGAGAAGAAGGAUUUAAACUAA